CGCGGGGCGGGCGGGGAGCGGGGCCACGGGGAUGGGAGCCUGAGAGGGGGCGAGCUCGCGGCCGGAGGAGCGCGGCGGGCGGCGGCAGCGGUGGUGCCGGUGUCCCGCAGGGGCAGGUCCCGGCGGGGCCGAGCCCGCCAUGGAGCCGGUGACCAGGUGGAGCCCGAAGCAAGUGGUGGACUGGACCAAGGGCCUGGAUGAUUGCCUGCAGCAGUAUGUCCAUAAGUUCGAACGGGAGAAGAUAAAUGGUGAACAGCUGUUACAGAUCUCUCACCAGGAUCUUGAAGAUUUGGGUAUCACACGGAUCGGACACCAAGAACUGGUUUUAGAAGCUGUGGAUCUCCUGUGUGCACUGAACUAUGGCCUUGAAACAGACAAUAUGAAGAACUUGGUUCUCAAGCUGCGAGCAUCAUCCAACAAUCUGCAAAACUACAUCUGCAGCCGUAGGAAAAGUUCAACUUAUGAUGGGAAUACCUCGCGAAAACCCCCCAAUGAAUUCCUUACUUCUGUGGUAGAGCUUAUUGGUGCUGCUAAAGCCUUGCUUGCGUGGUUGGACAGGACCCCAUUUACUGGUAUUGCUGACUUCUCAUCAAUGAAGAACAGAAUCAUUCAGUUAUGCUUGGAUCUCACUACUACUGUUCAGAAGGACUGUACUGUCGCUGACAUGGAAGAUAAAGUUCAGACUGUAUCCAAGACUUUAAAUGGAAUUUGCGAUAAAGCCAUCCGAUCAACUACGGAUCCAUUGAUGAGCCAGUGUGCGUGUCUGGAGGAGGUUCAUUUAACCAACAUUAAACCUGGGGAAGGUCUGGGAAUGUACAUCAAAUCAACUUAUGAUGGAUUACAUGUAAUUACUGGCACUACAGAAAAUUCCCCUGCUGAUCGAUCUCAGAAGAUUCAUGCUGGUGAUGAAGUGAUCCAGGUUAAUCGUCAAACUGUGGUUGGAUGGCAACUAAAAAAUCUGGUGGCAAAGUUGCGAGAGAACCCUGCUGGAGUUAGGCUGCUUCUCAAGAAACGUCCAACUGGCUCUUUCCAUUUCACCCCCGCUCCACUGAAGAACCUGCGUUGGAAGCCACCUUUAGUGCAGACCAGUCCCCCGUUAACUUCAACCCAGUCACCAGAAAGCACCACGGAUACCUCACUGAAAAAAGAGAAGCCAGCCAUUUUGGAUUUGUACAUACCACCUCCACCAGCUGUUCCGUAUUCUCCUCGAGAUGAAAAGGGGAGUUUUGUCUAUGGAGGAGGCAACAAACUCAGUCAGCCACUACUUGGGUCCAAGGGUGCUGAGUCUCCCAAUUCUUUUCUGGAUCAGGAAAGUCGAAGGCGAAGAUUUACUAUUGCUGAUUCUGAUCAGUUGCCUGGGUAUUCCAUGGAAGCAAAUAUACUGCCAGCCAAGAUGAGGGAAAAAACACAGUCCUACGGAAAACCUCGUCCCUUGUCAAUGCCUGCUGAUGGGAGCUGGAUAGGAGCUGCAGAACCUUUCUCAAGGCCACGAGCACCAGGGAGAAAAGGUGAAGAUGUCCUCUGCAGGUACUUCAGUAAUGAAAGGAUACCCCCGAUCAUUGAAGAAAGUCCCUCCACACAACACCCCUUUUCAAGGCCAAUGUCUGAGAAACAGUUAGUGAGGGGAACGGAUUAUAUUCGAGGCAGCAGGUGUUUUAUGAAUACAGACCUCCACAACAGUGCAACAAUUCCUUUUCAAGAGGAAGGCGCUAAAAAAUCUUCUGUUACAUCAUCCACAAAAUCUUCCUCUGCAGAGCCCUCGCUGCUGGUCAGUUGGAUCACGAGACUUAAAUUGUUGACUCAUUGACUGUUGUUCACGGGAUGGUUACCAAGUGCCUUUGUUCAUCGGUCAGACUUCUCUGCUUUUCAGCUUAACUGACACAUAGUGACUAAUGCAGUGUUCUUUUCCUGGAGAGUCUUAUAUUCUUGCCUUUUUGUUUGUGAUUUUUUAUGUGUCAGAGGGUUUUGUAGUGCAAGGAGGGAAGAAAGAUAAAGAUCAAGUUCCUCUUAAUGGCCGAAAGUUGGGAGCAUUUAUUCCCAUCAAAAUGAGUAAACUUUAAGUGAUAUAGAAACCACACGUGACCUGAAAUCUGCAUAACUACUCAGAAGAAAUCUUUGCAUUACAGUAAAUUCCAGUGGCACUUCAUUUGUCCAAAUGCUCAGAGGCUGUUGUGACUGGCUGGGCGUCAGGAUACAUAGGGAUCAGCAAAAAUUUUGUUACCCUCCUGAUCAGGAAAGGCAAGCAGGGAAACAGCAGUUUGAUGCAACUGUUAGUGGUGCUGUUGCAAGUACUGCAUGAGGUCAACCUUGUGAGGGUGAAGUAGCAUUUCCAUUCUUUCUCUGAUAUCCAGAGAUCUUAGGAAGAGAGAUCUUUUAUCCAGAGAUUUUAGGAAGUUGGACUAAUUUAAUUAUAAAUCAAUUCAACCUGGUUCAUCAUCUAUUUUAUUGAAAUCACAGCACAAAUAAAGUGCAUUGAACAGCUGCAGUGCUUAUCUGUAAAGAAGUAUGGAUUGCUACAACAUGUCAAGGAAAUGCAUCUGUAGAGGUGAUAAAAGAAUACAUAUUUUUUCCUUAAUUGUUUAGGAUUGAUUUGCUGUUAACCAAAGUAAUCUUUUAAAGACAGUCCUGUAGGACUUAUGAGAACUUUACAGUGGUUCAGUUUUUGAAUGAUGUGUUGUUUUUAUGAAAAAUAUGUGCUAUGAUACAUUACAAUUGUAAGACAUCUUGCUAUUUUAUAUAUAGCUCGAUUUUUUUUUUUUUUUUUUUCCCCCUCCAGAAUUUUAGAAUAGCGUUGGGUAUUUUGGGAGGAAAAUAAAACUUGUUUAACAAAAGAAGAAGAUAUUAAAGAGGUAUUGUUUAAAACUGAAUGUACAUAAGAUUGUUAGUAUGCAAACAGUUGUGUUUAAAGUAAUUUAAAUGUUAAAUAUAGUUGUACAUAUUUUUCACUCUUAAACUGAUGGAGUUUGUACCUUCAUGUCUGUGGUACUGGGCACAAAUUAGUCAAAUGAAAACAAAGUCUUUUAUAUUCCCCACUAAUUUUAAGACUAUUUUCAUGAAUGUCGCGUUGCCAACAGCCUUUACUCCUUUGGUCUUUCUGAAGAAAAGGAAAAACAAACUUGUAUUUAAUAGUUUGUGGGGAAAGGGGGAGGUGAAAUAGUAGUUUGCACUUUGAACUGGGGCAGGAAUUGUAUGUGAUAACAUGAGUGUUAAAAACAUACCAUAAUUCUUGCUGUGAAGAUGUAACCUUUCUGCUGCAACAGGUUCUUGAAGUGUGCUACAGCCCUUGUAGAGACAUGGUGUUAAAUUCAGUUCUCAGUUAAUUAAAUUUGCUUGUUAUUCGUUGGUGAUU